GCCAGUCCCGGAGCCACUGACAGACCGCUCGCUCAUCUGCCACGCAUCCCCCGCCCCGGGAGCGAUGAAGGCCGCACGGAUCGCCCUGCGCAGCGCCGCCCCGCUGGCAGGGGCCAGCGCUAGCAGCAGCCGCAGCCGGUUGCCGCAGGAGGUGGAGCAGUUUUCCCGCUUCUCCCCCUCCCCGCUCUCCAUCAAGCAGUUGCUGGACUUCGGCUCAACUAAUGCAUGUGAGAGAACUUCUUUUGCGUUUUUGCGACAAGAACUUCCCGUGAGGUUUGCAAACAUACUGAGAGAAAUUGAUCUUCUUCCUGAUAAAUUACUGGGCACUCCAUCAGUACAAUUAGUAAAAAGCUGGUACAUCCAAAGCCUGAAGGAGCUGGUCGAGUUCCAUCAGAAAAGCCCAGAUGACCAAAAAGUCUUAUCUGACUUUAUAGAUACAUUAAUUAGAGUCCGAAACAGACAUCAUGAUGUGGUUCCUACAAUGGCACAAGGAGUAAUUGAAUACAAAGACACUUUUAAAGUAGAUCCUGUCACUAAUCAAAACAUCCAGUAUUUUUUGGAUCGUUUUUACAUGAGCCGUAUUUCCACCCGGAUGCUAAUGAACCAACACACUCUCCUUUUUGAUGAUAAAUCUGGCUCAGGGCAUCCAAGACACAUUGGAAGUAUUGAUCCUUGCUGUGAUGUUGUCGAAGUAGUGAAUGAUGCUUAUGAAAGUUCGAAGUUGUUGUGUGACCAGUAUUACUUAACAUCUCCAGAACUGAAACUUACUCAAGUGAACGGAAAAGCUCCAGGACAGCCAAUUAACAUUGUAUAUGUUCCAUCUCAUCUUUUCCACAUGCUUUUUGAGCUCUUUAAGAAUUCAAUGAGGGCAACUGUUGAAUUCCAAGAAAACAGUCCAACCCUUUCUCCAAUUGAAGUGACAGUUGUUCUAGGAAAAGAAGACUUGGCAAUCAAGAUCUCAGACAGAGGAGGUGGUGUUCCAGUAAGGAAAAUUGAGCAGCUGUUUAGCUACAUGUAUUCCACAGCACCAAGGCCCGAUAUGAAUGAUGCUCGAAAUACUCCUUUUGCUGGCUUUGGGUAUGGCUUGCCAAUUUCACGUCUGUAUGCUAAAUACUUUCAAGGAGAUCUAAAUCUCUACUCCAUAUGUGGUUAUGGAACAGAUGCUAUUAUCUACUUGAAGGCCUUAUCAACAGACUCAAUAGAAAAACUCCCAGUUUUUAAUAAAUCAGCUUCCAAGCAUUACCAAGCUACCUCAGAGGCAGAUGACUGGUGUGUCCCAAGCAAAGACCCAAAGAAUGUAUCAAAACAGAGUGCAGCUUUCUGAAGAGAAGUUGGUAUCCAGGCACCCAAGGGGAUCAAGCUGGCUUCUCAAAAAGAGCAGCGUUUGGAAGUAUUCAUCUACCUCCAAACAAGCAAGUUUCAGGACUGACAGAGGAGAAAGAAGAUAAGGAUGUUAUCACCUAGGUUGUGUGCACCUAGUGUGAAAUCCUGCUGUGGACUUCAGAAUAAGGAAAAUAGCAGCACAUAUAUCUUUAAAGAUCUGUGUGUAGAGGAAAAUCAGACUAUUUUUUUUUGUUAUGAUCAAAGACUUGGUGUGGUAGAGUUGUGCAAUUUUUAAGUCCUGUUUAAUGCUUGAAUUCUGAAUACUGAUAAACAUAAGUUGUGCUGAUACAUAUUUUUCUUCUAGAAUAGUUAUCAGCAGUUUAUCUUAUUACAGAACUUCUCAGGUAGGCAGAUAACACCUGUAUUUUAAAGCUAUAAUUAUAAUAUUUGGAAAAGAUGUACCUAAUAUGACAAUCUUGUAGCAAGAUACAAACAGCAUUCAAAUACAGCCCGACUGGAAAGGAGGGAGUCCUGGAAAGUAGGGAGAAAGUGUUUUCCGUAUAUAAGGAAGUCCCAUUUAAAAAAAAAGUAUUCUAUUAAUUAUUCUUAUGUGAUGCCUUGCUCUGUGAGUUACUUUGCUAGAUUUUUUUAUAUUAAGCUGUUCAUGGAAAACCAACCAAGUAAGGCUUCUAUGCAUAAGGUAAUUAAGAAGAAAGUCAGGAUAUUUUAGAAAGGUACUGGAAAGAAACGGAAAGCUACUUGGUUAUACCAGCUCUAAGGUUAGGGUGCAUCUAGCCUGCAUCCCUGUACUCUAGAGAGCAUGUGCCAAGUCAGAUAGGACUUUCCAAGAACUGAAGUCAGACGUACAGGUUGAACAGAAAGGUUUUGUGAUCUGUAUUGUGUAAGCAUGUUGUGGGAAACAGCAUGUGUAAAACGCGGUUUGGGGUUUCGUUUGGUUGUGCUGUUAGAAGAUCAGUGGCUCAGUACACUAAACCGAAAUCUGCCAAUUGUCUUUGUCAAAUUUGUAUUGGACCACACUAGCUCAAAGAGGUACAUGGGGAAUCUGUACCCUGAAAGCUGUGAUGAGCACUGAAGGUUUGUUCGAAAAGUUUUCAGGAGUGGUGUAGAAACUCUAAAUUUAUUCUAAGAACUGUUCAUUGCAAUGGAAGGGGCUUAGGAAAUGAUGUUUCAAAAUGCAAGCAGGACUGAAAACUAUAGAAUAGCUUUUAUGAACAGCAAAAUAGGGGGAAUUCCCAGAAGAACAGUGCCAGUGGGAGAGGGUUGUUGGGGAAGUAUUCUGUUCUCAGUAAGAUUCUUCGUAGCACAUCUUUGUGCAUUUUCACUUUUGUAAGCAAAGUAAACUUAACAGCAGGUGUUAAGCUAUUGCCAAGAUGGCCAGUCUAAAGUUCAUCAGGGCUGUAUAAUAUUACUUGAACUUUUUUUACUAAUUAGCAUAUUAUCUCAGGUGUAUGUGAUCCUUUGCAAGAAGUUUUAAGUACAGUAAAGCAUCUUGCUCAGUUGUAUGACAGUUUUCUAUAACAGAUUUGUAUUUUUUUGAAAGAAAGCCGCUCCAUACUGUGAUUCUAAAAUGUUUUUAAUAGGAAUGAGAGAAAAAUGGAACUGCUUUUGUUUUCUAGAAAUCCUGUUGGGAUAGAUUUUUCAAUCAAAAAUAAAAUAGUGUUCUGAUAUGCUUCAUUUCUUUCAAAAACUAAAUUUAUAUGUGUUGGUGAUAACUACUGAGAAUUAUGACUUUAGUACUGCAUCUAGGCUGUCUUUAUCCUGGUGAAUAAGCUACAGUCACCAAAGGUCACCAGGUCAUGUAUCUGAGCUCAGCUCAGUGAAUGAAAUUGUUUGUAAAACGGAAGUAUUUUUGUCUAGAGUAUACAGGUGUGAAAAAGCUGUUUUCACUGCCGUAAUAUAUUUGAGUAUUUGUUGAUUUUUGUAUGGAAUACAAGGUCACAAACACAUACCUAGGUAUUUACUGUUGUCAAGUAAUCACAAUUUAUAGCUUUCUGUCUGCAUCCAGGCAUUGAAUAUGAGUUGUGAUAUGAUGGUGCCCCUGUAACAUAGCUGCAGCUGCUCCAGGUAGGAGCUGUAAUUUCUGUUUCAAAGCAGCUGAGGUACAUGGGUGCUGCAGAAAUGUCUAAUUUUUUUUGCAGAGUGAAGCUGCAAAACACAUACAUGAUGCAGUCAGAGGUGUGUAUAGCACUUAAGGAACCCAUGUGGAAUCUCUGCAGUAUUACAAAUUAGGUCUAUCUACCUAGAUAAUACAGCACCUUUUCCAGCAUUCACUGAAUUUUUAUUCUGAAAGUAGAGCUCUAGUUUUAAGUCUUUUACCUGGAUGUAGAUGUUGACAUAAUUUUAUAAUAAAAUCUUUUCAAUCAA